AUGACCAAAACGGUCGUUAACAAAGAGAAAGUGGACACCACCUGCUACUGCUGCUGCUGCUACGGUACGGGCCAAGAAAUUAGUGCAGUCAACAACAACAUUAACAUCGUUCACAGCAUUCUGCUGAACACAGGACAUUCGUACGCUGCCCGAGCAGAUCUCAAUUAUCGUCAAAAACAAAUUCUUAGAUUUCUUUCUUUAAUUUUGAACGGCUUCAAAACGGCGGGCACAGUGCUAAAAGUUGUUGGUGCAUCAUGGCAAAAGACCCGGAUUGGGACUUACAUACUUAUCGGUGCCGGUUUAUUGGUUAUAGGUGCCUUCUUCAUCGGUUACAUUGAGAGGCCAGAAUAUGAUGGCACGUAUUGUGCCACAGCAUUUUGGACCAAACAAGUUGGCUUCCAAAUCGAAUAUUGGAAACAACAAAAUGAUCUUCUUAACAUUCCAAAAGGUGCUGCUAGAAUAUGCUAUAAGGAUUCCAUAUAUGAGAAUGGCUGGGCUCAAAUCGAAAUUGAAACUCAACGUUCCUUUCCCGAUUGGGUGCAGGCCUACGGUGCUGGCAUAAUUGAGGGAUCAUUAACCUGGCAUCAAAUCUACAACCAAUGGGUCAACACAAUACAAUCAUCCUGUGAACGCGAUGAAGAUGCCCAAAACUUUUGUACCUGGCUACGAGAUCUGUUAACCGAAAAUUAUAUAAAAAUCAAAGAGACUGCCCUCCUUAGGCAAGACUUGGAACACUAUUGGCACCAAAUUGGAUUAUUCUUCUUUCAAUUGGAAGGUCUUGAGACUGGCUAUCGCAAAGGGGCAAAGAGAGCUCGUUCUGAUCUGGAGGAGGAAAUACCCUUCUCGGAUUUUCUUUUGAUGAAUGCAGCCGCCGAUAUUCAGGAUCUAAAAAUUUACUAUGAAAAUUUUGUGCUCAGCAGCGGCAGUAACGCAACAACAUCUACAUCAACUGGGGCGGCAGAAACGGUGCCAAGAAAGAAUUUCUAUCUGCCCAUGGCUUCAAUGCUUACAAAAAUCUUCCCAUCCGAUAAUUCAGGUUCUUGGCAGCUAUUGUUCGGCCAUAGCACGGCUGGCAGCUAUGCCUCCAUGUUAAGAAUCCAAAAACGCUACAAAUUCCAUUAUCACUUUGGCCCCAACCAACGGACCAAUACAGUGCCCGGUGUUGAUAUAACAUUCACCGGUUAUCCAGGCAUUUUGGCGUCAACAGAUGAUUUUUACAUUGUUAAGGGCAGACAAGUUCAGUCGGUUGUGGCUGGUGUGGGCAUGAAAAAUGAGAAUUUGGAUCUAUGGAAAUCCGUCAAUAUCAAUCAAGCAGUACUGUUGUCGGCCCGUGUAAUGGCUGCCAAUAGAGUUGCCCAAAAUCGUCGAACAUGGGCCAAAGCCAUGUCCAAGCAUCCUUACACCGGUUCCAAGCAAUGGAUUAGCAUUGAUUUAAAUAAAUUGGGACCCUUAGACUCACUCUAUCAAACACUGGCCGAAGAUGAUAGUUUCGACGACAAACCUGCCCCUCUAGACCCCAAGGACGAGGCGGUGAUUUCUGAACUUCACAAUCGUUACAAAGGCCUAAUAUGGAUUGCCGAACAAUUGCCUGGUCGCAUGCAUAUGAAGGAUGUUACUGAACGAUUUAUAAAUGACAAUAGCACAGCGUGGCUAGCUAAUGGGGUACCAUUUUUCGAUGAGUUGCUUGAGGUUAGUAAAGUCAACGUGGAUAGCUAUCCCAACGAUUUAUUGCCGACAGACAAUGAGAAGCUCACCAAUUUGGAGGCUGUGGAUUCAUUUCUAAGAACGCAUGGCUUCCGUGGUGAUCUGUUAGGUGAUGAGGAAUCUCUGGCUUAUGGUAAUACGGAUAUCAAACUUUUUGCCUACAACGCCCGACUGGGCAUUAGUGAUUACCAUGCAUUUGCCGGGCCAGUGUUUAUGCGCCUGCAACACAUGCAGCCCCGUUCAAUACCGGAACCAUCUAAUCCCGAGGGUCCCAUAAACUCUUCCAUUCUUGAUGAUCGCUUAAGUGUGACCAUCGACGAUGCUGCCGAACUGGCUGAAAUGGAAAUGAUUACUGAACGCCGACCAGUACGCAAUGAUAUGCGGGCAAUAGCAAUGCGUCAAACUGGGGCUGGUCCCUUCAAAUGGUCCUCGGUGUAUGAGAAAAUGUCCGACAUAAAACAUGCUGGUCAUCCGGAUGAAUGGAAUUUUGGCAAAGUAACACCAAAAUGGGCGUGGUAGCGCGCUCUCACUGUCAUCCAGCCAAAACAGUGCCAUCCAUCAUAUCCAAAACACUCCUAAUUCCUCAUUUUGAAACAUCACUUAACCAUAGCUCAUCGACUAAGCAAUAUAUUUUUAUUAAGUAAUUUUUUUUUAUAUAGUAAAUGUUUUUAGAGCAAUGUUUAAAUAAAAUAUUAAGAAGUGCGUUUUUAUACGAGAAACAUUUUUACAAAUAAAAAAAGUCAUCAUGAAAACUGGAUUUUUUUUGAAAGAAAUUUGAAACAAGUUGUAAAGUUUGCAUCCAAAAAAAGAAGAAAAAAUUUUAGUGCUAUAUUAGUAUGUAUAUUAAUUGUGUCCAAUAUAACUGUGUUCGUCAUCCAUAGUUGUAAAUGUGAUAUACAAAUUUAUAGAGUUAAUUGUAAAUGUUUGAAUGUUCAAAGUCUUCCAGUUUAUAACGAAACAAUUGUGCUUUUUAUAUCUAUAUUGAGAAAGAGUAGAAAAUAAUAGGCAUCUAUUUGAUGACGUACGAAAAAAAAGCAAAUAAAAAUCAAUUGCGAAAAAAGGUAUACCCAAUUUGAAAACAA